CCUGCUCCUGCGCUCCUGCGCUCCUGCUCCCUGCCUCCGCUCCGAGAGACGACCAGGACAUCAUGACAUCGCGCCCACCCAGCCAGACAGCACAGAGCGCUGCUCGAAGUCGUGCCGUGCACUGGUUGAGAGAGGAGGAGCCCAAGGUCCUCAACGACUGGGUCGCGGCCAAGCUCCUCGACUAUGAGACGCCUGAGGACCUGCUCGCAGCCUAUGACGCGGCACCCUCGGCGCGGCUGCCCGGUGCCAGCAACCUGUUUGCUGUGCGCAACCGCUAUGCGGAAGAUGAGUUCCAGAAAGCACAUGCAGACCAUGGCUGCGAUCAGUACGUCGUCAUUGGCGCUGGCCUCGACUCGUUUGCCUAUCGCAGAGCAGACAGCUUCCCAUGCACCAUCUACGAGAUCGACCAUCCGUCAUCGCAGCAGUGGAAGCGGGACAGGCUCGCACACGCGGGCAUCGCCUGCCCAGCCAAUCUCUGCUAUGUGGCCGUCGAUUUUGAGGAGCAGGAGGCGUCGCUGGUGGCGGCACUCGAGGCGAAUGGAUUCGAUCGCACGAGGCCCGUGUUCUUCGCCAUGCUCGGCGUCAGCCAGUACCUCACCCUGGCGAGUCUCAAGAGCCUGCUCAAGGCGAUUGCCUCGGCUUCUUCGGCGCGGUGCACGCUCGUCAUGGAGCGCGUGCGGCCCAUUGAGGAGGGCCAUCUCGAAGGACCAGAGGCAGAGAUGAUGGAGCGUCUGCUUGCAGCCACGACGAAGAUGGCCGAGCCUUGGAUCACGUUUCUCGAUGAACCGCAGACGGACGCGGUCUUCCGAGAGGCCGGCUUCGACAGCAUUCAUCAUGAACUUCCGUCUGACAGCAUCCGUCGCUACCUUCAGGGUAGAAAGAACGACCAGAUGCCCAAAGUCGCCGCACUGGUCCUGGCCUCCACCCGCGGGGCUUGAUGCGCAGGUCACCUCUACUUCAUCCGCUCCUGAUAGAUACCCUCAUACUGAGUUAUUAAAACGACAAGUCAGAGUGGCAAAUGCACCUUUUCAGCAUUCGGAAACCCGAGAUACAGAGUAGAAUGAGAUCAUCACAGCUUCCCUGUGGUGGAUAGAAUGUCAGCGGGAAGCGAGAUCUCGAGCUGACCCCGCUUGCACACACCAAUCAAGAGGUUUCCGAGCAUUUCCCUGGCCGUGAUGUAGGCCGUGACUGCCAGGGUGGGCAAGUCCAGCGUGCUAAAGAGCAUGUCCGACAGUCCAAACGGCAUCAUGGGCGGGAUCCAGCCCUGCGACAGCUCGAGCGCCCAACAGCCCCCACCUUG